UGCUCUUAUCCGAGAAAUUUACUUUGGAACUCGACGUCGACAAGGUCUGCAAUUUGAAGAUACUUAUUAUUUUUUAACUAUAAACGACUAAUAUCAAAAACGCCAUUGCGAUGUCUGACGUUCACGCCACUCCGAUUGCCUGGCAGUACGUUUGUUGUUCUCUGCCAAUCCUAAUACCGAUGUCAGUUUAUGUACUUAAGAAGUGUUUCAAUAACAGAUAUCGCACACUCAACUCAAAGGUUGUACUUAUUACAGGUGCCAGUUCUGGAUUAGGUGAGACAUUAGCGCAUGAGUUUUAUUCCCAUGGCUGUGCACUAAUUUUAACGGGACGUAGCAGCAAUGAAUUAGAACGAGUUAAAAAUGAUUUAUUAAGCCGAAGUGAUAUUAAGAAUGUUAACAAACCGUGUAUUCUCGUCUUGGAUCUUAUUGACCAAUCAACAAUAGAAGUAGUUAGUCAAAAAGUUUUAGGAGUUUUUGGUCGUGUAGAUAUUCUCAUCAACAAUGCUGGCAUCAGCUAUAGAGGUAGAGCUGAAGCAACAAUGGCAGAAGUAGAUUACAAAGUAAUGUUGGUCAACUAUUUUGGCCAAGUUGCUUUAACUAAAGCCAUAUUGCCUAGUAUGAUUCACCACAAAAGUGGACAUAUAGUAGCAAUUAGUAGUGUUCAAGGAAAAAUUGCUAUUCCAUUUAGAUCAGCAUAUACUGCAUCUAAACAUGCUUUACAAGCAUUCUUUGAUACUCUCCGAGCUGAAAUAUCACAUCAUAAAGUAAAAGUAACCGUUGUAAGCCCUGGGCACAUUCAAACAAAUUUGUCAUUGAAUGCAUUGACUGGAUCUGGAUCACAAUAUGGUGUUAUGGAUGAAUCUACAAUGUCUGGAUACUCGGCUGAAUAUGUUGCUCAACGAAUAGUAGACGCUGUUGUUAACGAUGAACAAGAGGUCAUCAUUGCUCCAUUGUAUGCUCGUUUAGCAAUUGGCCUACGUUAUGUAUGGCCAAGGUUUUAUUUUUGGCUAAUGAAAUAUAGGGCUGACCAGCAAAAUAGUCAGAAAAUGUAGGAUUCAAGGAUUCCCCGCCAUCAGACGGACGAGCGUCGGCUACAGCCCGUUAUCGUCGGCAUACGGGAAUCUCACAUUUGACAAACAGCCAGGUCAGUCAACUAGAUUUCUAGAUAUUAGCUGUUAAUUAUUAUUUUUUGAGUACUUAUAAUUUUGUAUUUUUGAUUAUAAAUACCUAGUUGUUAGUGAUGCACAGUUUGGCAUAAAUUAUUUAUUUAAUUUGUAUAUCUUAAAUUUGUACAAUGUUUAUUGUUUACUUAUUAAAACUAAAUGCCAUAAUUGAAUUAUUUAGAUAAGUAUAAUUGUACAAAACUGCCCUAAAAGAAACAAAUUAAUAUCAUAAUUUGUGAUUUAUUAAGUAUGAUCAAUAUUGAUAUAACAAGUGGUAUAAAUCUGAUUCCAUUUGAAAU